UAUUGCUGCUAUACAUAAAUAGAUAAAGCGGCGUCGCAAAACCCUAGUGAGAAACGGUGCCAAUCUUUUUACAUUUAGAUCUGCAGAUAGCGCCUUCUGCGUGAAUCAAAGUAGGCCUCUCGCUGUGACUUGAAAAAUGGCCACCGCUAAGACCGUUAAGGACGUUUCUCCUCACGAGUUCGUCAAGGCUUACGCUGCUCACCUCAAACGAUCUGGCAAGAUUGAGUUGCCUCACUGGACUGAUAUCGUGAAGACUGGUAGGCUCAAAGAGCUUGCACCUUAUGAUCCAGACUGGUACUAUGUUAGAGCUGCUUCCAUGGCUAGGAAGAUUUACUUGAGGGGAGGCCUUGGUGUCGGUGCCUUCCGUAGGAUAUAUGGUGGAAGCAAGAGAAAUGGAAGUCGUCCACCCCAUUUCUGCAAGAGCAGUGGUGCUAUUGCUCGUCACAUUCUUCAGCAAUUGCAGAAUAUGAACAUUAUUGACAUUGAACCCAAAGGUGGGAGGAGAAUCACUUCAAGCGGUCAACGGGAUCUUGACCAAGUGGCUGGGCGGAUUGUGGUUGCCCCUUGAUCAACCGAACAUUGGCUUCUGCUACAGAAAAACAGUUUAUUUUGGUAGUUUUAGCCUUCUGUUUUAAUCUGUUUGAAGAUAUGUUACUGGUGCAAUCAGAUUAUUAUGACAUUUUUUGGGUUUCAUUUGUCGGUGUAUUUGAGAUGAACAUGGUUCCUUUCAGUUUGCAUUUUCUGACAUAUUGGGAAUGUAAUCGUUACGUCAUCUCGUAGUCCUAAAUUUUGUUACAAAGAGACGCUAUUGUGAUCCU